AUGAACACCUACUACAGCCUCUUCGUUUUUUUCCUUGUCCAAAUUGCGCUAAAGUAUAGCAAGGCAACUGUCACGGUAGACACAUUAUGCAAAAAUGGACAGCUGGCUCAAAUGAGUAACCACUUUAAGUGUAUAUGUAACGAAGGGAUGGUGCACCUCUCCGAAAAUACAUGUGAAGAAAAAAAUGAAUGUAAGGAAGAAACUUUAGGCAAAUCAUGUGGGGAGUUUGGACGGUGUGUAAAAGACGCAGCACAGCAAAACACGUACAAAUGUAAUUGCGUUGAGGGCUACGCUUUGAAGGAAGGAACUUGUGUUAUUGAUGUAUGUCUAUAUAAGAAUUGUGGAGAAAGUGGUGAAUGCAUUGCUGAAUACCUCACGGAAGUCAAAAGUGCAGCAUGUUCAUGCGCUAUUGGCAAAGUGCCCAAUCCAGAAGAUGAAAAAAAAUGUACCAAAACGGGAGAAACUGCUUGUGCAUUAAAAUGUAAUACAGAGAAUGAAGUUUGCAAAAAUGUUGAAGGAGUUUACAAGUGUCAGUGUAUGGAAGGUUUUACGUUCGACAAGGAGAAAAAUGUAUGCCUUUCCUAUUCUGUCUUUAACAUCCUAAACCUCUCCGUCUUCUUUAUCAUCUUGCUAGUCCUUUCUUUCCUCUUCCUUUUGGCCAUCGUGCUUGCGGUUAAGUACACCUUCGCAAAGGUCACCGCAGACACACAAUGCAAAAAUGGCUAUUUAAUCCAAAUGAGCAAUCAUUUUGAAUGCAAAUGCAACGACCGGUUUGUGAAGACAAAUGAAAACACUUGCGAGGAAAAACUCGAUUGUAAAAUUGCACAAAAUAUAAAUAAACCUUGUGGAGAUUAUGCUGUGUGCACAAACACGAAAGGGUAUAAUGAGCAAAGAGUAGUACUAUGCACUUGCAUAACAGACUACACCGUAGUGAAGGACGUGUGCGUUCCAAGAAGAUGUAAUGGCAUUGAGUGUGGACAGGGAAAAUGCAUCCAAGAUCCCGAUAAUGCAAAUAACAUCAUGUGCACUUGUAACAUAGGAACCAUAUUGGAUGAAACGAAAAAAUGUACAAAACAAGGAAAAACUGAAUGCGCGUUGAAGUGUAAGGCAAACGAAGAAUGUAAAUUGACUCAGAACUAUUAUCAAUGUGCUGCGAAGGGAAGCGGUGGAGCAGGCAGUGGUGGUGAAGGCAGCGGAGGAGACACAGGAGCAGCUUACAGUCUCAUGAAUGGAUCUGCAGUAAUCAGCAUACUAGUUGUAUUCGCUUUCUUUAUGAUGUCAUUAGUGUAG